AACUGAUUUUUUUUCCCCAAUUUUCUUUAGGUGGGCAGUAUCUAACCGAGAAAUGCUUAUGGCCCAGAAUAGUUCCUUGGAAUUUAAACUACACAGGCUAUAUUUUAUUAGUUUAUUGAUGGGUGGAACAGCAAAUCAGAGAGAGGCAUUGCAAUAUGCUAAAAACUUUCAGCCGUUUGCUCUAAACCAUCAGAAAGAUAUUCAGGUUUUGAUGGGCAGCCUGGUGUACUUGAGACAGGGUAUAGAGAACUCUCCGUACGUUCAUCUACUAGAUGCAAACCAGUGGGCAGACAUCUGUGACAUCUUUACAAGGGACGCCUGUGCUCUCCUGGGUCUCUCGGUUGAAUCACCUCUGAGUGUUAGUUUUUCAGCAGGUUGUGUAGCAUUGCCAGCUUUAAUUAAUAUCAAAGCUGUGAUCGAACAAAGACAGUGCACUGGAGUUUGGAACCAGAAAGAUGAAUUGCCGAUUGAAGUGGACCUUGGUAAAAAGUGCUGGUAUCACUCAAUAUUUGCCUGUCCCAUUCUUCGUCAGCAAACAACAGAUAAUAAUCCACCUAUGAAACUGGUCUGUGGUCAUAUUAUAUCAAGAGACGCUCUGAAUAAAAUGUUUAAUGGCAGCAAAUUAAAAUGCCCCUAUUGUCCAAUGGAACAGAGUCCUGGAGAUGCCAAACAGAUAUUUUUCUGAAGAAGUGAUUCAAUAUGCAGUUUGUAAGUGACACUCUGAAUUACGGGUGCAUUUCAGAGGAAUUAAAAACACUUGUUCCAUUUUAUGCAGCAGACUGAGGACUCCUGUGUUUGUAUAAGCUAAUGCUACAGAAACUUUGCCAACAUUUAGUAUAUACAUACAGAGUGGAAAUGCUACAGAAAUAAUAUUACCAUAGAGCUUUACUAUACUCUUGGUCUCCAUAUCUGAUCAAGUUUCUACACCAGCAGUUGUCAUUCAAUGCAGGUUUUUGUACUUAAUUAUAUGGUGACUUUUUAAAGUAUAAACCGAUCACCUCCUCCCUCUUCUCCCCUCAAUAUGUUUAAUAUUCAUCCUGCUAUUCUUCUGUCAUCCUGUUGAUAACUGUCACCCUAAGGAAUGUUUGUGGAAAAAGUUUUAUUUCCAGUAAUGUGUACAUAAUUCAAAGUAAAUACUUCCGAAAAAGUUUGAUAAAUUGAAUAGUGCUAUAAAACUAAUUUUUUUUUCCUGGGAAAAAAAAGCUGUGAUAUAUUCUGAGUUUUCUUUCAAACAUUUUUUUCAAUUUUUACAUAGAACUCAAAGUAAAUGUGCAUAUAUAUAAAAUAUAUAAAUAUAUAGCCCUAAGGGGCUAACUGUUAAAUUCCAUCACUAAUUUAUAAAAGUGGUGUAUGGAUAAAUUACUACUGGAAUGGAGUGGAACAGGGAAUCCUGUUCCUUUUGCUUUCGUGAUCAAGAAAUGUUUGUGUAACAGAAUAUUCAAUAAAAUGGAGUUCUAAGUGGAAGUGCUUUUAGUCAAUGACACUUGCUCUUUGGCCUUUGUAGUCAUGUUCUUUGAACUUUGUAUUCAGGAUUAGGCUAUAAAUGUCAUGUUGCUGUAUAGUUUAAUAGACAUAGUGUGUUAUUUAUAAAUGGUUAGCAAAGCCAAAUAAACUGUCAGAGUAUUCAUUGUUAAAUUGGAAAAAAACAACAACCCAUGUUCUGAUGCAAUCUACUGAUCACAAAUCUGCACCUUGCAGGAUUGGGCCCUACAUCCUCAUAUUAGAAGCUAGCAAAUUUUCUGUAGCUUGAAAACACUUUACUUCUAGCCUUCCUCUGCAUUUCGUACUAGACUAUUACUGCCAAUGCCACUUUUUCCUGCUCAAUUUGUUAUAUUGUUGACUAGGUGAAUUUGUGCUCAUAAACCAGAUGUAGAUCAUGGCAGUUAAACCUUUUCUAGUGUGAAUAUAUUUGUAUUUAUUGCACUGUACUAUAGUAGGGCAAGCAGCCAUAUGGCAUGUUAAGAUACAUGUAAAAAUAUAUUUCUGUAUUGUGUAAUAAUCCCCCCCCCCCAGCUUAUCUGAUUGAAUUCUGACACACUGGUUGAAUGCACUAGUACAAUGCACGACAGAGGAAAACAUCACUGAGAAAUCUACAUUUUUGCAUCCCUGUUUCGUCCGAUUUAAGAGAUGGACUUGGGCUCAGUGGCAAUGGACACUCUGAGUGAGACAAGAGGAGCAAACCAAGACACACAUUAAACUUUGAAUAUGUGUUCAGUAUGCGUGUGGAAAAAAUAGAGCUGUGUGUGUGACUUCUUCUGCAAUUAAAUUGUAUUCAUACUGAGUUAAAAAACCGAGGCUAAGUGGUGAAAUCAACAAUAAACGGGUGAGGAUAUUAUUUUUAAUGUA